AUUUAUAAUUGAAUUAAUUUGAAAUAAAAAUGUUGCAUUAGUUUCAUUUCUUACAUUGUGUCAAGUUAAUCAAUUAUACAUUUAAAUUAUUUUCUUAAAUUUAUAUAUAAUAAUACUAUUUACAGUAUAACACAUUAAGUAUUUUAUAAUCAUGAAUACUUUUGAAAUUACUCAAUCAUCUAACUGGUACAAGUCAAAUGUUAUGGCAUUGAAUACAUACGGUACAUUACUGGCUUAUGGAUCAAGAAAUAUUGUUGUAUUAGUUAGUGGAUUAAAUGGAAAUAGUAUUUAUGAUUUAGUCUACAGUCGUCUUAGAUUCAAUGCCAAAGUAUCAUGUGGUCGAAUUGGUGCAGUUUCUUUUUCACAUGAAACAGAUACUCAUGCGGAUGCUUAUUAUGUAGCAUCAAUAGAUGAAGUAAAUAUAUAUAUUUGGAAAGUGAAAGAUGAAAUUUGUGAGCAUGUUCAUUCUUUUGGAAAUAAAAAAAAUAAGAAUGUAGUAUUAUUGGAUGUGGCAUGGCUGUACAAUUGUUUGACUGUUGUAGCAAUAUCUGAUGCAGGAACUUUGCAUAAAUGGGACAUCCAAGCUAUGAUAAUGAGGAACUAUACAUUGGAUUUAAAAGUAUCUCCUUUAACAUUAGCUGCAUGUCCUCACAAAAAAAAUAUAGUAGCUCUUGGUUGCAAGAAUGGUAGUGUCAUUGUUUAUGAUGUCACAGGUGAUGGUCGAGUACUACACAAAUUACGAUAUCAUGAAAGAAACGUAGUAUCAUUAACUUGGUGUCCUGUCCCAUACAACACUAUUACUAAUGAUCAGUCUUCUCAACCAUUAUUGUUAGCUUCAACUGCGUGUGACAGAACUGGGUUAUAUAUUUGUCGUGCAGGGACUGAUAUGUUUUGUGAAGCUACUAUAUCAUUACCAAUGAGACCUAUAAGAAAAACAAUUUUUAAGAAUAAAACAAACUUAAUUUGGAGUUGCAUUAAGUGGAUUAAGCCAACCACUAUUAUUGUCACAUCUGCAUUUGGUGAAAUUCUGAAAGUUGAUUUUCAGCUUAGUAAAAUUUCAUCACCGGAUAUAUCAUUAAUUAGUGAUGUUCAUAAAGAUGUUAUUUUUUCAAUUGCCAGUUCUCUUAAAGCUUCUAAACCAUUCUUAUGGUCAUCUUGUAUGGGAAGAAAACUAAUUCGAACUCCGUUAUUUGACACUUCUGAUAAUGAAGACUUCCCUUUGGAAGUUCCAACACUAGGUGGUUUUGUAUAUUGUUUUGCUUUAUCACCUGUUAACUCUGCUGAUUUUGCAUUUGGUCUUGGUGACGGAAGAAUUUAUUAUUGGAAUGUUUCAAAUAGGCGACAAUUAGAAUUAAUCACAUUGAGUAACUCUAUUGAUGCUAAAGUCUUAUCGUUGGCAUUUCAUCCUCAAGAUGAAGGUUUGUUAGCAUUUGGUACUAGUGAUGGCCGUAUAGGUAUAUUUAAUCUUAUUAAAAAAAGGAAUAAUAUGAGUUUAUUAAAAACUGUUCUUGCUCAUUCAAUCUAUCGUUUAUGUUGGGCACCACCUCCUAUUGAUGUAAUUACAAAUGAGACUAAAUAUUCAUUAUAUGCUGUUGGUAAUGGUCAAAUAUUAAUUUAUAAUGAGAUGAGUUUAUGGAAAGAUCCACGAAAUCUCAAAGAAUACAUAUUAUUUAACAACAUUGAGGAUGAACUUAUAACACCAGUUAAGCGCAUUGAAAUGGCUUGGAAACAAGAUUAUGAUAUAGUUGCCAUUGGAAACUCUAAUGGGAAUAUCUAUUUAUUAGAUGGUCAUACCUUAGAGUUAAGACAUGUGAUACUUAGUCAUGAUCAAUCAGUUGAAUGUAUUAUUUGGCACCCUACUCAUGUAACCUGUGAUUUCAGUGAAGAAUCAAAGUUUAAAAACUACUUUGCUUCAAGCUCAUAUUGCAUUAAAGUGCACAAAUUAAAUAAAGAUAAUGCACCAAUAUUAGUUGCAGAAUUUAAUGGUCACAAAGAAAAGGUCAAUGAACUUGCUUGGAGCCCUCAUCGUAAUCUAAUGCUCUUAAGUUGUUCUAAUGAUUUUACAGCUAAAGUUUGGGAUGUUCAAAAAUGUGUAUUAUUAGGAGUUUAUUCUAGACAUUUAAGUACAGUGUUAUGUGGUAUGUUUUCACCAUUAGAUUCUGAUAUUGUUUUCACAGGAUCUGCAGAUCAUUCAAUACAUUCUUGGCGUGUUUCAAAAGCUUUACAAAGUGACUCUGUGGAAUUAACUAAAAAUCAAAGUACUCCUACCAUAAUAAAAGAAAAAAUUGUUACAAAAGAUGUAGAUAAAUUAAAUACAACAGGGCCAAGUGAUUUAUCUACUAAAGAUACAACAAAUAAGAAACAACAAUUUCCGUUUUCCAGUUAUGAUCUUUUUAUUGGAAAAUACUUGGAAACUGCUGUUGAAAUGUACCUGAAACCUGAUGAUCAAAUUAAUUGUGAAAACAUUAAUUAUUUAUCAUUUUUUGGUUCAGCUGAAGAAAUGAAACAAUUAAUGGUUGAGGAAAGUAAAGUAUUAAAAAAAAAGAGUUCUUCUAAUAUUAUUCCUUAUAUAAAUAACAUCAAUAUAUGGGGUAAUAACUUAGAAGCUUAUUUUAAAGAAGCUAUAGAGACAAAGACUGUUAAUGAUUGGAUGGUAUCUGUUGCUCCGAGUAUUAGUUUUGAAUUAUGGGUUAAAAUGUGUGAAGCAUAUGCAGUACAAUUAGAAGAUGAAGGUGAUGUCUCUAAAAGUUCAACUUUUUUGGUUUCCAUAAAAAAAUACAAAGAUGCUGCUUUAAUGUUGCUAAAAAAUAAUUUAUUUAAAGAAGCAUUAUCAGUGGCUCGGUGUCAAGAAAAUCAAGAUGAUGAAUUAAUUUUAGAAAUUACUAAAAAAUGGGCAGAAUAUAAUGUUUGUCAUGGACAUCCUAAAGAAGCAGCUCAUUGUUACUUAAGUAUAGGUGAUCCUCGCAAUGCUAUCUCAUGUUUAACUAAAAUAAAACAAAUUAAAGAAUUAUCAUUGGCAGCAAAAUUAGCUUGUUGUGUUGAUGAAGAAAUAGAAUUAUCUUUGGUUGUAAAUAUAUUAAAAAUGGAAUACUUUAAACAUCAUAAGUGGAAUGAAGCUAGAGCUUUCUUGAAUGAACAUCCUAAACUUAAUUACCUGGAAAUGUGGAUUGGAGUUCAUGAAUCAAUGUUUGAAUUUGAUGAAAAAGUAACCUUAGAUAUCUUUAAAGAUUGGCUCUUUGAUGUUAAUAAUAAAAAUAAUGUGACUAUAUUGGAUCACAUAAUAACAAAAGUGACUUGGAAACCAGAAUAUUAUGAUAACUUAGUUAAAAUUAUUGAGCCAGAAUUUAUAUCAGACACUAACCUCAUUAUGCCCAAAAUGACUGUAUUUAUAGCAAGCCAAUUUUGUUUAAUAGCAUUGCAAUAUAAAAACACUGGUAAGCUUACCAUUGAUUGUCAACAACGUUUAAUUAAAUGUCUAGCAGCUGCUUAUGAUUAUGAGUUAAUGUGCCCAGAUUCAGUUUCAAAAUUCAAUAAGCCACUUACCAAAUUAAUAAUAUGGUUUUUCCCAAAAGGUCCAUUAUCUGAAGAAAAUUUUGAAAUAUUUGUAAAAGAUGAUAAUCUUCUAAAAACUAUAAGAUCAUACUUGUGUUUUGCAUGUUUUUCUUGGUUGAAUCCAUUGUACACGAGUUUAGCUAAAAAAAUUCACCUAACAAUGAGUAAUAAUGAUGAAGAGUCAAGAAUAAACCAAUUAAAACAUUUAAAUGAAAUGUUUAAGUUAAUAAGGCUAUUUCAGAAUCUUUCAGACAAAUAUUUUUAUGAUGUUUUGGAUCAUGAAACAAUAGCUUUUUUUGAAGCCAAAUAUGAAAUUGAACGUAUUGAUUGUUUAUUGUCUGGAAGUUCAGCUUUAGUAGAUAUUCGUAAUAUAGUAAACGAUUUAUUGGAUUCUAAAAAAUUAUUACCAACUGAAGAAAAAGAUAAAAAAUCAGGAAAUACCUAUUUAAAAUUUAAUAAUGAUGUUAACAGUCAUGAAAAUAAUAUUACUGAUGUUAAUAAUGAUUUAGUAUCAAAAGAAAAUAAUAAUAAUAAAAGUGUAAUAAUGAAACAUGUUGAACAUAAAUUUGACGCGGGAAAAUUAAUAAAUACUGAAGAUAGUUGUAAUUUAAGUAAUAAUAAAAAAUCCAUAAACAAUUACAGUUCUUUAUCUGAACAAUUGUAUUUGGAACAAAUAUCUAGUCAUAGUUUCAAUGACUUAUUCAAUUUAUUGACAAAAGAGAAUAAUUUAAAUUCUGUGAAUUUAAUUAAAUUUUUCCAAAAUAUUGUUUUAAUUAUUCAUAAAUUCAAUGGUUUGCUUAAUAAACCUUCUAUUCAACAUGUGGCUCAUUUAGAAAUACAGGCAUCUAAGAAAAAAAAACUUGAAAAUGUAGUAUCUGAAUUUGUUGCUAAACGUGUUAAUGCUCCUGAUUCUAUUGUAUUUUUAAAGAAACUAGAGAAAACAAUAUGUAGUAUCUACUAUGAUCAUAUGUAUUUAUUAACGAUAGAUGAUAGUUAUUUAGACAUUUGAUUUUAACUAAAAUAUAAAUGUGUUAUUCAGUUUUAAUGUGUUAUCUGAUAUAAGAAUUAAUUGAGAUAAUUAUUUAAAAGAAAAUAUUUUAUUUUGGUUUAAUAAAGUUAUAGUAUUGUAAGUACUAUAGUAAGUUAAUUUCUAAAAUUAUUUAAGACUGACUUAAUUAAAUUUUAAU